AUGGAAGGAGAUCAAACGAUUAUCACUAAACCCGCAGAUCAUAAAGGCAGUAGAGAUAUGGAAGAUGUAAAGGCAUUUACGUUCGAUAAGUCGUACUGGUCUGCCGAUAAGUCAGAUCCCACCUAUGCAGAUCAAAGCACUGUCUACAACGACCUUGGAGAGGAUUUGCUAAAUCAUGCUUUUGACGGUUACAAUUGCUGUAUUUUUGCGUAUGGUCAAACUGGUUCUGGUAAAUCAUAUUCAAUGAUGGGUUAUGGCGAGGAUAAAGGUAUUAUCCCCAAAACCUGUAUGGAAUUGUUCAACCGUAUCGAAUCCAACAAAAACCCUGCAUUGAAUCAUCGUGUCGAAGUCUCCUAUAUCGAAAUUUACAAUGAAAAAGUUCACGAUUUAUUAAACCCUAAAAACAAGGGCAACCUCAAAGUCCGUGAGCAUCCAUCCCUGGGCCCCUAUGUCGAGGAUCUUUCUCGUCUUGUCGUGCGUUCCUUUGACGAUAUCAACCAUUUAAUGGAUGAAGGCAAUAAAGCCCGUACCGUAGCAUCAACCAACAUGAAUGAAACUUCCUCUCGUUCUCAUGCCGUAUUUACUUUAUUCUUGACUCAAACUAGGCUAGACGAAGCGACUAAAUUAGAAACUGAGAAAGUAGCUCGUAUUAGUUUGGUCGAUUUAGCGGGUAGUGAACGUGCUAACAGCACCGGUGCCACAGGCGCAAGAUUAAAAGAAGGCGCCAAUAUCAAUCGUUCCUUGACAACCCUUGGUAAAGUCAUUUCAGGUCUUGCCGAUCAAUCCAUUGCCGAUGCGGCCAAAAAAAGCGGCAAAAAGCAAAAAGAGGUCUUUAUCCCAUACCGUGAUUCCGUCUUGACUUGGUUAUUAAAGGACUCCUUGGGCGGAAAUUCUAAAACUGCCAUGAUUGCCGCUAUCUCGCCAGCCGAUUAUGAGGAAACACUUUCCACUUUAAGAUACGCUGAUCAAGCCAAAAAAAUCACCAAUAAGGCCGUUGUGAAUGAAGACCCUAAUGCAAAGAUGAUUCGUGAGCUAAAGGAAGAAUUAGAUACAUUACGUGACCGUUUACGUGUUUAUGCACCGGAAGUAGUAGAAGAAUUAUCCUCAUCCAGUGCCCAUCGCCAGGACGACCCGAACGGAAUACGAACGCCAAUACCGACCAGAUCUGCCAUUACAAAUGCUCAUCAAAUACUUGUCAUUGAAGAUGCGCAAGGCAACAAAAAGAAAAUGACAAAACAAGAAGUAGUCGACCAAUUGACUAGUUCCGAAAAACUACUAGCAAACCUCAACGAAACUUGGGAAGAAAAAUUAAAGCGAACUGAGGAAAUCCACUUUGAUCGAGAAAAAGCAUUAAAAGAUCUAGGCAUUACCAUUGAUAAGAACGAUAUGGGUAUUUACAUGCCCAAGGAAAUUCCAUUCAUUGUCAACCUAAAUGAAGAUCCGCUCAUGUCAGAAUGUCUCAUGUAUCAAAUUAAGAGUGGAAAAACACGUGUAGGAAGACAAGAAGGCCAGAGCCAGUGCGAAAUCCGCUUGAGUGGAUCCAAUAUUCAAGACGAACAUUGCUGGUUUGAACAUGGUCCUGAUAACGCAGUGACUUUGCACCCAGCGCCAGCAAAAAAGGACGCCAUGACUAUGGUGAAUGGCAUACGUAUAAGUGAACCUCGACGUCUGAAGAAUGGAUACAGAAUUAUCCUAGGUCAUCAUCAUAUUUUUCGAUUUAAUCAUCCUGAAGAAGUGCGACGAGAAAGAAACGACUCGCAAAGACAGAUUACCAGCUCUCCUGUUCCCAUAGAUCCCACCACAGAUGAAGAGAGUAAUCUUGAUCCCAGUCUCUUGGGCUCCUCAGAACUCAUGGAUUGGAAUUAUGCACGUUUAGAAGCCAUGCGUAAUCACUAUUCAUCUGAAACAAAUUUCAGAGGAUUGAAAGACGACGAAAUUGAAAAGCUCUACGACGAUAUUGGAAAGAUCCGACAGUCGAGAAGAACGCGUGCAGAUAGCCGACUUGAUUUUGACGAUGACGAUUCAUCUUCUAGUGGUCAUAGACUUUCUACUGCAGCUACCAUGGUUGAUGACGGCAGUAUUUGUACAGAUACUACGAUUGUACCCGAAAAGAUCCAAGACAAGAUCAAUGAUGUCAAGGAGAAGCAUCGUAAAGAAUUAGAUUUGCAACGCAGUUUUUACGAGGCCAAGUUGCAUCGCAUGUCCUCCAUGCAUUCUUCGGAUCCACAAAGCGGGGAAAUUUCCAUGUACUCACCCAAACAGAAGACACUGAUAAAAAAUGUGUUCAACCGUUGGAAACGUAUUCAUUAUGUGACCAUGGCUGAGGUCGUUUUAACUCAUGCUGUCUUGCUGAAGGAGGCUAACAUCAUUUCUCGCGAGCUUGAAAAAGAUGUUUUGUAUCAAUUCACAAUCAUUGAAGAUGCCUUUACGCACUUAAAAUCACAUUGGGAAGAGACAUCGGGUCUGCACCAGUUUGAACAAGAUGAUGAGGAGGGUGCAGGCCAUGACGCAACGUUGAUCAGCUGUCCUAAACCUUGUAUUGGUAUUCGUGUCAUUGAUAAAAAGAAUCAGUCUGUCUAUGUUUGGUCACUAGAUAAACUUAAAUCUCGGCUUCACAAGAUGCGCAACCUGAGAAACUUUAUUGAUCGUCCCCAAUAUCGGAAGCACUUCAACUGGGAAGAUCCGUUUCAUGAAGUCCCAUGUCCCAAAUAUUCCUUUGUAGGUAGUGCCGCUGUCUCCGUAAGAAAUCUUACUCGCCAACAUCAAGCCUAUGAGAGUUGCGUCGAAAUUUUGUGUCGAAUCACGGGUCAAGUCAAAGGUAAACUACGCUUACUGGUGUCGCCUAUUGCUCGUUCUGGAGCCAUUGCUGAUAUUGAAGAAGAAGACGGAGACGGUUUACAUGUCGGUCAACAGUUGUUAUUCGAAAUUCGCUUAUUAGAAUUGAUUGGAUUGAACGAAAACGAAUUUACUCAAGUCCACGUUCAGUACAGAUUAUCUUCAUUUGGUGGUAUUGCCCCACACGCAGCUGCCGAAAAAUUAUUUGCCACCGAACCUAUUAGUGGGUUUGGAAAUAGCAAAUCUAUCACCUUAGAUUACAGCCAAACACUCUCUAUACUUGUUACAAAAUCGAUUAAGGAUAUAUUGAUGCAUAAGAUGAUUGUAUUUGAAAUAUAUGGUGUCGCACAACCUCGAAUCCUUUCACAGUACGAACGUUGGGACGAUCAGCGUGAGAAGCCCAAACUCGCUACCAUGCUGGCUGAAAAUAACCCAUUGUAUAAAAAUGUACCACCAUCAGCUGCCUCUGAAAGACGACCGGAAGAAGAACUUUUGGCAGCGGAACGACAUGAUGUACUUGCUUGGAUUCAGAUUUGUGAGCUUAUGCCGAACGGCGAAUAUUUACCUGUGCAAGUUGUUGCACAAACACCAUUAGAUCGCGGUGCAUUUGUCCUGAGACAGGGUCUUCAACGUCGUAUCUGUAUUACUUUGUCACAUACUUCGGGACGACAAUUCCUAUGGAACAAAAUGAGCAAAGCUAUGAUUGGUCAAGUUAGGACUUUAGAUGCAAAAGGACGAAUCAUCAACUCACCUGCACAUGAAGAUAUCCCUAUCCGUCUUUUAUCUCAACAACAAGUGCAAUACAAGAAUGAUGGUACCAGUAUUUUAAUUGCGCAAGGUGCUUGGGACUCCUCCCAACAUGAUUGCUUAUUCUUGAACAGAUUAACACUAGCCGGCACACGUAUCAUCCUCAACUUGAAGUGGGAAAUUGAAACUGAAAAGUGUUCUAAACCUAUACAGUGUAGUAUGGAUAUUGCUGUACGUAUUCAAGGCCGUGACGCUUCCAAUUUUGGAUUACGUAAGCUGUUAGGUUCUAAUAGAUAUUUGACAAAAUGUAGUGGUGUGUUUUUAAUUCACCUGAGACCACCAAUGACACGUCGUGUUAGUCAGUUAUGGAGGUUGAAUACAGCAUCCAAGUUUGUUCCCGGAGAAGAGUUUUUAGGCUCUUGGAGACCUCGCGGUGUCUCAUUGAUCAAUGAUUUCAAACAUAUCCAGAACCGUAUACAGCGCAAAGAACAAGUGACAGCUACAACUCAAAAACUUAUGUUACAUACUGCUCGAUCACAAACCAGCCAUGGAUCCAUGAACGAUAAAGAAACUACAUCAGCUUCUAUAGCUACCAGUGAUGAUCAGCAAGCCGAAUUAGUCCGAAAAGUGCUGUCAUUAUGGAAUAGCAAAUGGGGUACUGAUAAAGAGAUUAUUCUUAGUCAGGAUCCUCCUAUCCCUGGUAUGAAGGAUUUAGAUCAACUUCAGAAGGAUGCCUGGAGUGCAGCAAAAUUAAUUUCAGAAGUAAAAUUAAUAACUGAAUUCGACAAUGUGACGAAAAGAGGAUAUUUAACAUAUCAAGAAAAUGCAUUGGAUGAUAAAUGGGUGAAGCGUUGGUUUGUUUUGCGGAGGUAA